AUAUUAAGGAGCACAAAUUCUGGUCAUUCCAAACAGAGGAUAGAUUCAAGGAAUAUGUAAUCUAUACAAUUUCUAAGCAUGCCACACCUUCACUUUCUUCAGGGCAGGGCCUAAUGUGAUUACUGAAAUUGGUGACAAGCAGUGGGAUACAUGAACACUAUCACAGCCUGAUAACCUUCACAUGGUUCCUUCAAAGUUAGUAUAGUAUAUAGAGUUUACACCUCAGUAGACUUGCAAAGGAAAUCAUGGCUGCACUACAGCGUGUUCUUCAGUUAAGGUUCAGAGGAAGACAAAGACAGAGACGACCACGAAGUAGAUUGGUGACAUUAAAUGCCUUCAUUAUACAGCAUCAAAACCCCUUGGAUAUGCUUGAUGACAUGGCUAUAAUCGGGAGAUACCGUCUGCCAAGGGAACAAAUAGCCCAACUGCUGAAUAGCAUCGAACCUCAGCUGAUGCGUGCCACCAGGAGAAAUUUUGCCUUGUCCCCUGAAGUCCAACUCUUAGCAGCAUUGAGAUUUUAUGCAACAGGCAGUUUUCUCCAGGUACUUGGUGAUAGGCUUGGAUUAAGUAAAGCAUCAGUGUCAAGAGCUGUUCAAGCGGUCACCAAUGCAUUACUUCCACUUGCUGUGGAACACAUUAAAUUUCCAUCAUUAAGACAGGACAUCACAGAAAUACAACAGUAUUUUGUAACACAUCAUCACAUCCCACAGGUCAUCGGAGUGAUCGAUGGUACCUUGAUCCUGAUCCUUACACCAUCUGCGGAUGGCCAUGUAUAUAUAUGCCGCAAAGGUUAUGCAGCUGUCAACUGCCAGGUGAUCUGUGACCAUAAGGGUUUGAUCACAGACAUUGUGGCAUGGUGGCCCGGAAGCACACACGACUCCUUCAUGUUCACCAAUUCAUCUGUGGGUCAGGAGGCACAAAACUCACAGGGACAGUGGAGGCUGCCUGGGGACAGUGGUUACCCACUGAGGCCAUAUCUCUUCACCCCUGUGGCUAAUCCUAUGAAUGACAGGGACACAGAUUUCAACGAAGCACACCGUGUUGCACAUAGUAUCGUGGAACGCACAAUAGGGAGGUGGAAGCUGCGCUUUCGGGCUAUUCACCAGUCCAGCGGUGGUCUUCUUUUUGCUCCACAAAAGUGCUGUGCAGUAAUAAUUGUUCAAUUCAAUUCAAAUUUAUUUGUAUAGCGCUUUUCACGAUACAUAUCAUUUCAAAGCAGCUUUACAGAAAAUGGAUGUCAAC